GCAGCGUUGUCUUCUCCCACUUCCAAAGCACACAGAGGCGGGAAAAAAAGCCAGAACCCAAAAGCAAAAACCCAAAUGAGCUUUUGAAAACCGCCAACUAAUUCUGCAGAGCCAGAGAGAAUGGAGAGAAUACACGUCACUGUGCGUGCUCGGCCGCUCUCAGCCGAAGACGCCAAGACCAGCCCUUGGCGCAUCUCCGGCAACUCCAUCGCCAUCCCCAACUACUCCAAGUUCGAAUUCGAUCGAAUUUUCGGUGAAGAUUGUAAGACUUUCGAGGUCUAUGAAUCAAAAACCAAAGAUAUAGUCGCCGCCGCGGUUCGCGGCUUCAAUGGAACCGUGUUUGCAUAUGGGCAAACUAACAGCGGGAAAACUCACACCAUUCGAGGCUCGGCUACUGAACCAGGGGUGAUUCCUCUUGCAGUGCGCGAUAUGUUCGACAUUAUUCAAGAGGAUGUGGAUCGGGAAUUCCUAUUACGAAUGUCUUAUAUGGAGAUCUAUAAUGAGGACAUAAAUGAUUUGUUGGCUCCUGAGCAUCGAAAGUUGCAAAUUCAUGAAAGUCUAGAGCGAGGGAUAUAUGUUGCUGGGUUGCGAGAAGAAAUUGUUGCCUCUCCAGAGCAAGUCCUUGAUCUCAUGGAGUUCGGAGAGUCUCAUCGGCAUAUCGGAGAGACAAAUAUGAAUCUGUACAGUAGUAGGUCCCACACUAUUUUCCGCAUGAUAAUUGAAAGCCGAGAUAAACAUGAAGGUGAAGAUAUUGCUAAUUCUUGUGAUGCGGUCCGUGUUUCAGUUCUGAAUUUAGUGGACCUAGCUGGUUCUGAACGUGCUGCAAAAACCGGUGCAGAAGGUGUUCGGCUCAAAGAGGGUUCCCAUAUCAAUAAAAGCCUUAUGACUUUGGGAACUGUCAUUAAAAAACUGAGUGAAGGUGCUGAGAGUCAAGGGGGACAUGUCCCAUAUCGAGAUAGCAAACUUACGCGCAUAUUGCAACCUGCUUUGGGUGGAAAUGCAAACACAGCUAUAAUAUGCAACAUCACGCUAGCACAAAUUCAUGCAGAUGAGACUAAAAGCAGUCUCCAAUUUGCAAGUAGAGCAUUACGUGUCACGAAUUGUGCUCAUGUCAAUGAGAUUCUAACAGAUGCUGCUCUUCUCAAGCGUCAAAAGAAAGAAAUUGAGGAGCUUCGAGCGAAAUUGCAGGAAUCUCAUUCAGAACAUUGGGCAGAGGAAAUCCUCAAUCUACGAAAUACGUUAUUGCAGACUGAGUUAGAGAGGGAGCGUAUAGCUUUGGAGUUGGAGGAGGAAAAAAAAGCCCAAGCAGAACGAGAGAAGAUGGUGCAACAGCAAGCUAAGAAAAUUGAGAACCUGAGUUCAAUGGUGUUGUAUUCAAAUAGAGAUGAGAAUCGCGACCGCUUGAAAAAGGAGAAGAGGCGUGAUACUUGGUGUCCAGGUAAACUUGCAAGGGAGACUUUGGGAGAGGUGCCAUCCACCAUCCAGUCGAAGGCAUCUGCUGCAAAACCUAUGAGACUGAAGCGUGACAUCGGACCACUUCUUCCUUUUGAAGAACUGGUGCAUGAGAUUGAAGUUUCUGAGAAUGAGUCUUGCAAAGAAGACGAAGAAAGUAAAAGUAUCACGUUGGAGGACUGUGCUCUUCCUGAUCCAUGUGCUUUGUUGCAUGUUACUAAUAGGAGAAAAGUGCCACCCAGGACGAAAAGCUUACCCUUGGACAAUGAAUUAGGAGAUCUGCAAGCAGAAUACGAAGAUUUGCUUAUCAAAUAUGAAACUCAGAGAACUUUGAGUGAGAUACAAAUUGAUUGCUUGACACGGAAGCUCGCUGAGGCUGAUAUGUUAUCUGGAGCAAUGUAUAAUGAUUACUCCAAGUCUUAUAUCAAUAAAGGUCCCAUUAAUGGGGACAAUAACGGUAGUUUAAGAGAGCCAGAGGUUAUUCUUGUGAUUAAGCGACUUCAAGAACAGAUUAAGAUGCUUGAAACAGAGAAGUCUUCAAGCCAGCAAAAUCUGGAUAGUGUAGUUGAGCUGGCAACUGAGCAAAACAUUUGUGCCCAGGAGAAGUUUGACGAGCUCUAUGAAGAGCUUCAAGUUGCACGUGAGGAGGCCAGGGUAGCUCGUGAUCAACGUAGUUGGAACGAAUCUGUAACAAAAGUUGAUGAUGGAAGUUCUGACUUUUUGAUCGAGCUUGCAAAGGGGGUCCAAGAAAUAAUAUUGGAAGUUCGAAGCUCAGAAAUAGCAAUUGAAAGUGUAUCUUCAGUUUUGGAUGAGGUCUCUAAGAGUUUCUCUGUGCUAUUCGAUACAUUCCUAGAUUUCAAGUCUUUAAUGUGCGAGUUAUCCUUGAAACAAAAAACAAUUAUCAGUGACCAUGAGAAGUUAAACUCUUACAUGAUGCAGAAAGUUUCUGAACUUGAGACUGAAAAGUUCCUUUUGUACAAUCAAUCUGUUGAUCUUCAGAACCAGAUAGAAGAACUGAAACUGCAGACUCAAAAUUCCGAACAGUCUUUGAGGGAAAUGUUGGAACAACAGGAUUUGGAAAAGGGAGAAUAUAUUUCUCAUAUACAAGUCCUUGAAAAAGAAAUAUCAGGUUUAUCAUCUUGUUCUUUGGCCAAGGAAAAGGAAAAUCUGCGCAAAGAUGUUGAAAAAACAAGAAUGAAGUUGAAAGAGACAGAGUGUAAGCUGAAGAACGCCAUACAAGAGAAAACCAAACUGGAGGGUGAAAAAGCAUCUGCUGAACGAGAAAUAAAACGAUUGCACAGUCAGAACUCUCUUCUUGAACGUGACAUGAACAAACGUGAGUCGCUUGCUGGCAGAAGGCGUGAUUCAGUUAAUGAUAAGGGUUUGAAGACAUCAGAUCCUAAAAGAGCAAAAAACCUUGCCUUCGAACAGACAUUGCAGGAAGAAUACAAAAAGAUGGAAGUUUAUGCUUUUGAAACGGAGACAAAGAUUAAUUCUCUAGAAGAAGAGUUAUCAGCUGUAUACAGGGAAAAAGAAGACGCUAUGUCCACCAACGAUGCUUUAGCAUCUGAAUUAGAAAACCUGUCUGAAAAACUGAGCACAUCAAACUUGGAACUGGAAGCUUUGCAGGAAGAGCUUUUGGCCCUGAAGCAGAGGUUAGAAGAAUCUACAUUUGAGCAGCAAAAGAUGGAAGGUUCCAUUAAAAUGUUCACUGAAGAAAAGGAAGACUUGGCGAUGCAACUUACAGAUUCCCUUUUGGAAAUGGAGGAGGAAAGAGCAAUAUGGUCAGCUAAGGAGAAGGCUUCCAUUGAAGCGAUGGAAGAGAAAUCAAAGUUAUACAACAUGGAGAUUACAUCAUUAACAAGGGAAAUGUCUGAGGUGAGGAAUGAGUUGGACUCUUGUAGACAAGAGUGCAAGGUCCUAAGGGAAAGAUUAACUUGUUGCGAGGAAACAGCUGGACAGAAGACAUUCAGCGUGGAGAAGUCUUUGGGGAUUGAUCAACUGAAUAGUGGUGAGAGUAUAGAUGAUAUUCUGAGCAAACAGUCUCAAGAAAUGUUGAGCUCAAACUGGGGGACGUGCGGAAUUAAUGAUUGUGAGGAGGUGAAUGUGCUUCGGAAGGAGCUCAGUUGUCUGAGUAAAGAAAGAGAAGGCUUGUUGAUUCAAAUAAAAGAGUUAUCCGAACUUCCAAAUGACUACCAGAGUCUCAACAACCAGCUCCAUGUUUUGACAAUUGAAAGGGAUAAUCUAGUGACUCAGAUCCAAGAGCACCAGAAACUUGCAAUUGAAGAAGAAAGUCUUAAUAAACGUUACAAUGAUUUGUUGUUGGAGGCAAAGUUUCAAGUCGAGGAACUGACAAGGAGAAUAUCAAGCAUGGAGUUAAAGACUCACAAAGACCAAGUUGAAAACAGCAUAGACAAAGCAAAGCUCCGAAUGAGGCUUCGAGGGGCACAAGCAAAGUUAGAUGCCUUCCGAAGUAGAUACAAGGACGCUCUAGACGAGUCCAAUCACAUGAACAGGAAGUAUGAGGAGGCUACAGUCAAGCUAAAGGACCUGUUAGCUUCAAAAGGAGUUGAGGUCCUCGGCCUUAAAAAGCAGCUUGCUGCUGCAAAGAGUGGUCAUGAACAAAAAUAAAUCCAUGAGUUGCUUAUGAUUAUAUUAGAGAUUGAUUUAUCAUUAGCCAGUGCCUCUUGUGUGCUGUUUAAUGAACAUCUAGUUACUAUUUAAUGAAUGUAAUAUUAGAUUUA